AUGCAGCCAAGUCAACAGCAGGAGCCGUGGUUAUGCAACGAGAACCCCUCUCGUCCUUUCGAAUCUGUAUCGGCUGAUUUCUUCAGUGUUGCUGGGAAAUCUUUCCUCGUGUAUGUAGACAGGCUAUCUGGAUGGCCAGUAGUGGUAAAAUUUGGUACUAAUACUACAGCAGAAGCAACGACACGACACUUCAGCCACAUCUUCCGAGACUUAGGUGUUCCUGUAAGGCUGAUGACAGAUGGUGGACCUCAGUUCACCAGCUCUGAAUUCAAAAAUUUUCUGGGCAGAUGGGGUGUUCAACAUGUGAUGUCCACACCCCACUAUCCCCAAAGCAAUGGCCAUGCUGAAGCAGCUGUAAAGAAGGUCAAACAUUUUAUCCUAAAGCCCCAUGCAUCAUCAUUCAAGCAGGAAUGGCAAGCAAAAGCAGAAGAAUACGACCGUCGUGCAGCAUCAUGUUCUCAAGCAGCCAAAAUACGGUAUGACAGCCAUGCACACCCUUUGGCACCACUUAAGCUUGAUGAUAAUGUCCGGAUUCAAGACCCUAUCUCUAAGCGAUGGGAUAAGACAGGCGUUAUAAUGGGCAUCGGCAAGUCGCGAGACUACCAUGUGAAGUUACCCUCAGGAAGAAUAUUAUGGCGUAACCGCCGUUUCUUACGCCCUGUACAUCUCCCUAAUUCACAAUUGCGGGAUGAGAUGCAACAGUAUCCAAAGAAGAAGGAUGUAGCCCCUGCUACAAGUCAACAACCGCAAAGUGACACACCUAGAGUAUCGACGUUCACCUAG